AUAGGUACUAAAUGAACUGCCAAAGCGCCACCAAUCUUUGCAAUCACGUGAUUUUCACAAUUUUAGUGCCAAUGUGCUUAAUUUUCAACAGCGCUGAGUCUCAUCAUAAAAAUCACCCAGGUGCCGUGCCAGUUGCCUUCUAGAAAGCCGAAAUUUCUCGAAGAGCCUAACUUGACCUUCAUAUCCUAUGUUACUAGUAUCUCUUGAAAACCAUAAAUUUUUCGAAGAUCCAAGUGGAAAUAAUUGAAUAUUCUCCACCCCAUUUGCGCCUAAGGAAAAUUUUCAUCUAUCCCGAUCAUCCAUCACUCACUGAAGCACGGACCAAGACAAGCAUCGCUGCCGAGUCGAGAUAGGAGCAUUCAACUUUCGACCGCUAAGCAACAGGAUCAAAAGGGGUAUAGACAGAAAAUGGCCCCAAAACUAUCGGAGGAGGAGAUCGAUGAUCUCAUAUACUUAGCCAGGACUGGAGAUGAUGCAGAGCUCACGGAAAUGAUCCAAGAGCUCACCAGCCGAGAGAAUACCACAAAUUCUCAGAUCUUAGAGGCAGCAAGAGAUGAUGGCAAGGCGACCUGCUUGCACAUGGCGGCAGCAAAUGGCCACGCAAAAACUAUCACAUCAAUACUAUCACACUUCCCUCCUCCUAGAACGCCAAAGACAGCAACUGGCCCGACGCCGUCUUCAGAAGAAGGUUCGCCAUCAGCUGAGGCAUCAGCAGAAAUCUCGUAUGUCAAUUUCCAAAAUUCGUUUGGGAACACGGCCCUGCACUGGGCGUGUCUAGGUGGCCACUUGGACGCCGUGAAGUUAUUACUAUCGAGAGGCGCCUCUCCAACAGCGGCCAAUGACAAGGACCAAAUCCCGCUAGACUUGGCAGCUUUCAACAACCAUAUGCACAUCAUGGAGUACUUCUUAUCUCAAAGCAAGGAUAUCGAAGGAGAUAAUGCCCAGGAAGGUGGGCUUGAGAAGGGUACCCAAGAUGUCCAGAUGGAGGACGAGACUAAUAGUGGAGAAGAAGCCGGUUCUAAGGUAGAACCGGGCGGUUAAGCUCGCGCUACAUCAUAAAAUCAAAUGAAAUCAUUCAAGGGGUUUCCAAGGUAACUAUUGCUUACUGCCGCCCAUAACUAUUACAGUCCCAUGAAUCAGUCCCAUGUCCCUAGAUACAUGGAGUAACGCCGCAAAGCAAGUUUACUCAAUGGUAUAAUGAGAAAAUACCUACCUAACAUCUAUGCUAUUA